UCAAGCAAGAGCAGUGCGGUGUGGGCUGGAGGAGAGGAGCGUUUCGUGUCGCUUGUUGUCUUACUGAAAACUCAACAAGCACUCCCGGCAUACUAUUUCUUUCAAUUUUACGUUUGACUUUAUACAGUUAUUGUUUCUUCUUCUAUCGUUUAUCUGGAUUGAAUGAGCAGUAGGGGAAAUCAGCUCUGACCUUUUUUGGGGGGUGGAAAAAGUGGUCCGGUGCCAGCGGGGCGGUGAGUAAACCGCCGCUGCUGUGGCGGAUCAUCCAAGGCGGAGGACUGCUAUCUUCUGCGUGCUGCUGCCACGGAAAUACCAAUUCAACGCAAAGAUGGACUUGAAACUGCUUUUAAUAUCUACAUUGUUAGGAGUCUUCUGCACUGCUCAGAAAGAGGGGAAUGAGUGCAUCAGUGCAAAUGCCAGGUACUGUGGAGAGUGCAUCCAGGCAGGAGCAAAAUGUGGCUGGUGUACAGACCCGGACUUCCUAAAACAAGGUGAGACCUUGUCUACCCGAUGUGACGAGCUGCAGUCUCUAAAGAACCGAGGUUGUAGAGAGAGGUUGAUAGAGAAUCCUCGUGGAGAGAAGAGAGUCCUCAAGAACAAAAUGGUGACAAACCGCAGAAAAGGAGCAGAAAAACUAAAGCCAGAAGAAAUCACUCAGAUCCAACCUCAAAAGCUCAGUCUCACCCUCAGAUCAGGCGAGCCCCAGUCUUUCAACCUGAAGUUCAAGCGGGCAGAAGAUUAUCCCAUUGACCUGUACUACUUGAUGGACCUUUCUUACUCAAUGAAAGACGAUCUGGAGAAUGUGAAGAACUUGGGAACUAGUUUAAUGCUAGAAAUGUCAAAGAUCACAUCUGACUUCAGGAUAGGCUUUGGUUCUUUUGUGGAGAAGACAGUUAUGCCAUACAUCAGCACCACCCCAGCCAAGUUGUUGAACCCAUGCACCGGUGACCAGAACUGCACCAGCCCAUUCAGCUACAAGAAUGUUUUAAAGCUCACCAGUGAUGGCAAAAAGUUCAACACCCUGGUGGGCCAACAGCAUAUUUCUGGAAACCUGGACUCUCCUGAGGGGGGCUUCGAUGCCAUCAUGCAAGUGGCUGUGUGUGGGGAGCAGAUUGGUUGGAGGAAUGUGACUCGCCUGCUGGUGUUUUCCACUGACGCUGGCUUCCACUUUGCAGGAGAUGGCAAGCUCGGUGGCAUCGUACUGCCUAAUGAUGGAAAAUGUCAUUUGGAGAACAAUUCAUACACGAUGAGCCACUACUAUGACUAUCCCUCGAUUGCUCACUUGGUUCAGAAGCUGAGUGACAACAACAUUCAAACCAUAUUUGCUGUCACAGAGGAGUUUCAGCCUGUUUAUCAAGAGCUCAAAAAUCUGAUACCAAAGUCUGCAGUGGGCACCCUGUCUGCCAAUUCAAGCAACGUGAUCAACCUCAUUAUAGAUGCUUACAAUUCGCUCUCAUCUGAAGUCAUUCUGGAGAACAGCAAGCUUCCAGAGGGAGUGACCAUUGCUUACACAUCCCGCUGUAAGAAUGGAGUAAUUACUGAGGGUGAAAAUGGACGAAAGUGCUCCAACAUCUCAAUUGGAGAUGAGGUCACAUUUAACAUCAGUGUGACAUCUAAGGGCUGUCCAAAGCACGGCAAGCCUGAGACAAUCAAGAUAAAGCCCCUAGGAUUCACAGAGGAGGUAGAGAUUACCCUCAGCUUUAUUUGUGAGUGUGAAUGCCAUAAGGAGGGUGUCGCCAACAGUGACAACUGCCACUAUGGGAAUGGGACCUAUGAAUGUGGAGCCUGCAAGUGUUAUGAAGGACGUGUCGGCAAACAGUGUGAAUGCAGCAGCAAUGAUGUGGCUACAGAGGACAUGGACCGCACUUGCCGCAAAGACAACGGCACUGACAUCUGCAGCAACAAUGGCGACUGUGUUUGCGGCACGUGCGAAUGCAAGAAGAGAGACAACCCGGAGGAGCGCUACAGCGGGCAGUACUGCGAGUGUGACAACUUUAACUGUGACCGCUCAGGAAACAAACUAUGUGGAGGGCAUGGGCGUUGUGAGUGCAGAGUCUGCAUCUGUGACAACAUGUGGACUGGGACCGCCUGUGACUGUUCUCUGGAUACCAGCACAUGUCUGGCCAGCAACAGGCAGAUUUGCAAUGGCAGAGGGACAUGUGAAUGUGGCACUUGCAAGUGCACUGACCCCAAAUUCCAGGGUCCUACCUGUGAAACGUGCCCUACCUGCCCAGGAGUGUGCACUGAACACAAAGAGUGCGUCCAGUGUCGGGCAUUUGGUACAGGCGAGAUGAAGGAAACGUGUGAACGAGACUGCAGCUACUUCAACUUGUUCAAAGUGAAGGACAGGGACAAGCUGCCUCAGCCCAACGAUGCCUCCUACCCCGUGAUGCACUGUAAGGAGAGGGACGCAAACGACUGCUGGUUCUACUACACCUACGCUGUCAACAACAACACAGAGAAGGAGGUCCAUGUGGUUGAAACUCUGGACUGUCCUGCAGGUCCUGACAUCAUCCCCAUUGUGGCGGGUGUAGUUGCUGGCAUUGUCUUGAUUGGUUUAGCCCUGCUGCUCAUCUGGAAGCUGCUGACAAUCAUCCAUGACAGAAGAGAAUUUGCCAAAUUUGAGAAGGAAAAGAUGAACGCCAAAUGGGACACGCAAGAAAACCCCAUAUACAAGAGUCCUAUCAAUCAGUUCCAGAAUCCAAACUAUGGGCGUAGAGCUGCUGUCCUUUAAGGUGAAAAUCCCAUCUACAAAAGUGCUGUUACGACUGUGGUCAAUCCCAAAUAUGAAGGAAAAUAAUGAACAAGAAUUUGACAUCGACAGCAUACAGACAUCUACAGCUUCUGAGGAGGAUUUUGUUGUUUCCUGUUGUUGCUUCACCAUUACAAUGCACAUGCGUCUUUAUUUUUACUAACACAUAUUUAUAUGCUUUUGUUGUAUUUUAGAUGUACAGUAUGUGUAUAUACUUUUCAAAUGAAUAUUUCUUGGAAGUUGAUGGAUUUGCGUUGUUUUUCUAACCUGCCAAAAGUCUGGUGCGGGCAUAUAUUUUCGCUUGUUUUACCAACAGAACGUGGAUAUCCUGAAUAUUAAUUUAUGCCCCAGAAAUAUACAGCUUCUUAAAUGUUGUGCUAAUUUCCCAGCUCAUGUUGAACUCUACUCCCUCUUGUGUCUUUCUGCACUGACUGUUUGUCUGUGGUGUCUUUCUAUGUGACAAGAGCUGAGGUGUUUUUGAUAAAUCGUCAGCCAUAGCAGCACAUUAUGCCACAAUAUGUGUAUAUCUUGAAAAACAAAUACAAUACCAAUUUACUCCUUCAGUUUAGCAUUUUGGUAAAAGUUUCAUGCCACAAAAGUGAAUAUUUGUAAAUGUAGUUUGGACUGCAGCAGUUUUAUUGCACUCUUGCGUUUCGCUUACUUUGAAGGAAUUACACCACAAUAUAAAUGUUUAAUAUCAACAGUCAUUUGUGUGGUUGAUAUGCAGUCAUAAAUGGACUUUAUACCACUUGUACAAAUAUGAAAUGAUGGCAGUGCUGAGGCAAAUGAUUUGUCGUCUUUUGUUUCUUUUUUUUAAGCGAGCAAUUGUGAUACAUCUAAUUUACCAAUAACAGUGACUUCUUUAUUCUCAGGUCCUUUCCUGUAUUUUUGCCAAGCACACCAAAAAAAAAUUAUUUUGUGAACUUGUUUCUCAGUCAUCAUUUUUUACAAAAAUAUUUUAUCAUUCACCUUAAUGCCUCAGAAGCACCACACGCGCCUUUACAGUAUUGUUUAAAAAACUCCCUUUUAUUUCAGUUACCAUGUUCUCUCCCAGUGCUGUAAUGACUUAUUUAUUAAAUAAACCUCCAAAACAG